AGGGAGUGUCCCGCUGCGGGCCAGACGCAUAAACAGCGGCUCUGAGCUCCGCUGCGCUGCCGACUCGACGCGUCUCUGGUCCCGCAGCAGCUUUGGAAACGCUCCCCCCACGUCCGAUCGCCUCUCUCCUCACUCAGUCAGGAUGGCAGCGCAGCACGCAGAGUUUGAGCGGGCCGGACAGAGCCCAGGUCUCCAGGUGUGGAGGGUGGAAAAGUUCGACUUAGUGCCGGUUCCUGAGAACCUUUAUGGGGGAUUUUACUCCGGGGAUGCCUACCUCGUCCUCAACACCAUCAAACAGCGCUCCGGCAACCUGCAGUAUGACCUCCACUACUGGCUGGGUGACUUUUGCACCCAGGAUGAGAGUGGCUCGGCGGCCAUCUUUACAGUCCAAAUGGAUGACUUCCUGGGUGGAAAACCCAUCCAGUACCGUGAGGUGCAAGGACACGAGUCCAAAACCUUUCUGGGUUACUUCAAGUCUGGAAUUAAAUACAUGAAAGGAGGCGUGGCGUCUGGUUUCAAGCACGUGGUCACCAACGAGGUGACAGUACAGCGCGUUCUCCAGGUCAAAGGCCGUCGUGUCAUCAGAGCGACCGAGGUGCCGGUCAACUGGGAGAGCUUCAACCAGGGAGACUGCUUCAUCCUGGACCUGGGAGAUGAGAUUUACCAGUGGUGUGGCUCUCAGAGCAACCGCUUCGAGAAGCUGAAGGCCACGCAGGUCGCCAAGGGUAUCCGUGACAACGAGCGCUGCGGGAGGGCCCGGGUCUACGUCUGCGAUGAGGGCGGCGAGAGAGAGAAGAUGUUGGAGGUGAGACCUGCGGACUACGGCAACAAACUCAGUUUCAAAGCCGGGAUCUUUGGAUUAAAUCGCUGCCUCUGUCCUCAGGUUUUGGGCCCUAAACCGGACCUGCCUGAAGGCGCUUCUGAUGACAUCAAAGCUGAUGCUUCUAACAGGAAGAAUGCCAAACUCUACAAGGUCUCAAAUGCAAGCGGAGGCAUGGCAAUCACGCUGGUGGCCGCCGAGAACCCCUUCGCCCAGAGCGCCUUGGAGUCCGGAGAUUGCUUCAUCUUGGAUCACGGCUCGGACAACAAGAUCUUUGUUUGGAAAGGCAGAGAUGCUAACAUGGACGAGAGAAAGGCGGCGAUGAAGGCAGCCGACGAGUUCAUCAAAAAGAUGGGCUACCCCAAACACACGCAGGUCCAGAUCCUGCCAGAAAUGGGCGAGACGCCCCUGUUCAAGCAGUUCUUCAAAAACUGGCGGGACAAAGAUGAGACGGUGGGCCUGGGCGCGGCCUACGUGGCCAACAGCAUCGCCAAAAUCGAGAAGGUGGCUUUCGAUGCCGCCAGCCUUCACGAGUCCUCGGCCAUGGCCGCCCAGCACGGUAUGGUGGACGACGGCAGCGGAGAGAAACAGAUCUGGCGUAUCGAGGGACCUGAUAAGGUUUCAGUGGAUCCCUCCACUUACGGACAGUUUUAUGGAGGAGACAGCUACAUCAUCCUGUAUAACUACCAUCACGGAGGACGCCGGGGACACAUUAUCUACAUGUGGCAGGGAAUGGACUCCACUCAGGAUGAAAUCGGGGCCUCUGCAAUCCUCGGAGCCCAGCUGGACGAAGAGCUUGGCGGCGGUCCUGUUCAGGUGAGGGUGAUGCAGGGGAAGGAGCCCGCCCAUCUGAUGAGCCUCUUCGGAGGGAAGCCCAUGGUGGUGUACAAGGGAGGAACUUCCAGGGAAGGAGGUCAGUCUGCCCCCGCGGAGACCCGGCUCUUCCAGGUGCGCGCCAACUCUGCUGGACACACCAGGGCAGUGGAGCUCGACGCCGUGGCAUCCAACCUGAACUCCAACGACGCCUUUGUUCUGGUGACCCCCGACGGCACCAGCACAUGGGUGGGAGCGGGCGCCAGCGACACGGAAAAGCAGGGAGCUCAGCAGCUGUGUGACAUCCUGGGAGUGUCGGCCUCCGAGCUGCCCGAGGGAGGAGAGACUGACCAGUUCUGGGAAGCCCUGGGUGGGAAGACAGAUUACCGUACCUCCACCAGACUGAAGGACAAGAUGGACGCUCACCCGCCUCGCCUCUUUGCCUGCUCUAACAAGACCGGGAACUUUAUUAUUGAGGAGGUACCUGGGGAGAUCAUCCAAGAAGACUUGGCCACAGAUGAUGUCAUGAUCCUGGACACCUGGGACCAGAACUGCUCCCACGCAGCCACCGUCCGUUACAUCGAGACAGACCCGGCUAACAGAGACCCCAGGACGCCCAUCGUCAAACUCAAGCAGGGCUUCGAGCCGCCCACGUUCACCGGCUGGUUCCUGGGCUGGGACCAUGACUACUGGACCAGCGACCCCCUGGAACGCGCCAUGGCAGAACUGGCCAUUUGAAUGCUUAUUUAACCCCCCCUCCACCCCCAACCUUACCUUUGGACCCCUCUGAUGCACUGCAAGCACCAAGAGUCAAUCAACUUUUUUAAACAUUAGUUUUUUUAGCUUUCAAUGUACCCAGAACCAAGGAGGAUUUUAAAAAAAUGGUUUUAUGUUACAUGCUACUGUAGUGCCUUCACUCUUAUUCUAAAACCAACCAGUAGAAACAGGGCUUCGACUGAUAAGUUUUGCACGUAAAAUUCAAUUACUUUAACAAGAGCAAUAGUCUGAUUUUAUAUUUGACGGUAAAGCGUUUUACUCUUAAUAUAGUUUAAAGUAAGCUUUCAUUUUUUUUAAAAAGGGUACUGUUCCAGGUGAAGGGUCACUUUAGAUUUGUUGCCUGCACCUUUACAUGUCACUUUUGUAUUUAUUUUUUUAAAAUGUGACAUAAUCAAGCCUGUCAUGUUUUAUCCUCUGCUCCAGUGUCUACUUUCAAAAGCACUAUUAUGUCCAAUAAAUCAAAUUCAACCAGUGA